GGGAAAGGGAGGGGAGUGUACGGGAUACUACGGAUACCUAUGUGUCCAGCUCAAUGCCACACCGCACUCCAACGAUUCAACCGCAUCAAUGCACACUACAUAAAAUUACCCCUCCUGCCCCGCCAAACUACUGAUUUUGUGCAGCUGCUUUCUCACAGUGUCCCAGCAUUCCAGUGUCCUAGCGUCCGUCCCGACAGGCGCCUUCCCACCGGAGUACUUCUACUUUUACCAGCAAGGCAGCCGCCACCGACCGACCAACCGAACUGACUGAUCAACCAACAGAAGUCGCAUUUGACCGUUUGUUAAACUCCCUUGACUGUCCUGGACUUCAUCUCCGUCAGGCUCUCAGGCCGCGCCCGCUUGAUCGUCUCAACAUCAAAGUCUCCAAGAAGGCAAGUGACUGCUAUCUUGUCUACUUACAGCAUUUCGGAACCAAAAGGACCACGCGACUGCUCGCCAAGGGAGCCGCACAGCGCUCAAUCCAUUCACCAUGGCGGAUCAAUCCAUCAUUCGCAUCACCAAGGAGCUGAGUGACAUCCAGCGAACAUCAGAUCUCUCUUUGGCUGUUGCUUGCCGGGAUGUCGAUGUUCGCAAUGUCAAGGCCUUGAUCAUCGGCCCCCACGACACCCCCUACGAGUUCGGUUUCUUCGAGUUCGCAAUCCGGUUCAACAAGGAGUAUCCUCGCAAAUCACCCAGUGUGAACGGAAUCACGACGAACGGAGGACGAUGCCGGUUCAACCCGAACAUAUACUCGUCCGGCAAGGUUUGCUUGUCCAUUCUUGGCACCUGGCGUGGAGAGCGUGGUGAAGAAUGGUCCGCGGCACAGGGUCUUGAGUCCAUCCUCAUCUCCAUUCAGAGUCUGAUGUCAGGCAAUCCUUACGAAAACGAGCCCGGCUUCGAGGAGGCAAAUGAUGCAUCAGACAAGAAGAACCAGAAGGACUAUGUUCAGAAGAUCCGCCACGAGACUCUACGAAUUUCCGUGAUUCAACGCAUGGAGGAGUAUUUGGGUUUGACUCCCGAUGGCAACGCAAUUGCCCAACAGUCGGCGGUAGAUGGAGAACAGCUGGAUAUGGACACUGAGGACAUGGAUGGCACCAGCGUCCCCUUCGAGCCCUUCAAAGAUCUGUGUAAGCGACGGUUCCUCUGGUACUACGACAACUAUCUGCUCGCUAUCCAGAAGGCCAAGACCGAGGUCAAGGACCAUCAAGCUUUUGUGCGUAUGCCAUUCGAAGGCGCUAGCAACUCCAUGGAUGGCAAGUUCAACUACACGGAACUGGAAAGGCGUCUCCGCAACGUCAAGGCUGCUCUAGACAACGAGCUUCUCAAAUGGGCCAUGGAGGGUCAGGCCGCAAGCGAGAAGGAGAUGACAGUCUCGGUAAACCUACGGCACCAAUACGAGCAGGUGGUGCAAACAUUUAAACGCCAGGACAUUCCUCAUGAUGUUCAGCUGGAGGAUAACAACCCUUUUGUCUGGGUAAUCACCUACUUUGGACGGCCUAUGACGAACCUUGACGGCGGCCUCUUCCGUAUCAAGAUGCAUUUCAGCCCGAGAUUCCCCGAGGAACAGCCCCGCGUCAAGUUCCAAACCCGCAUCUUCCAUCACCGCAUCUCGGCGGAUGGAACGACUUGCUACUUCCCGAACUCCCUCAGAAAGGACGAUGUGCGUUCCCACAUCGAGGCUGUUUUCACGGCAUUGGAGGAAGAGGAUCCGGCUUACGACCCUCGAACCUUGGUGAACCCUGAGGCGCACAAGCUCUAUUGGGGAGGCGCUGAUGGACGUAAAACAUACAACCGUCAACUUCGCAGAUCAGUACAGCUAAGCAUGGAGGACUUCUGAUGUCUGUGUGGCAUGCCACGUUGCGCGUUUGAAGUGUCAGAUCACGUAACAGCCGCGCAAGCUUGCAACCAUGUGUUUGGUACAACUUCAGUACAUAAGCCGGCUUGGACUCUUCGGUCGGAAUGAUGGGGAUUAAUAACGGUCAGCUUUGGGUUUACCUAGGUUCAUCAUGGCUUCUAAGGGACUGGGUGGCGUUUACGGCAUCGGAAUCAUGCAUACCGGGAACGGGGUAGGGGGCUGAACCCUUUAGACUCCAGUAGAUACCUAAACUAAUAACGCAGCGAAAUGAGCUUUUUCCCUCCUCGU